AUGCCAAUGAAUUUUGUCAUGGAGGUUGAGCUAUUUGAUGUGGGGCAUCAACUUUAUGGGCCAUUUGUGAGUUCUCGUAGUAUGCGAUACAUCCUUGUUGCGGUUGACUAUAUGUCCAAGUGGGUCAGUGUAGCAUUGCCCAACAAUGACGGCAAGAGUGUCACCAAUUUUCUCAAAAAGAACAUAUUCACAAGGUUUGGCACUCCUAGGGCAAUCAUUAGUGAUGGUGGCACUCACUUUUGCAACAAGAAAUUCGCUAAUCUCAUGGAGAAAUAUGGAGUGAAGCAUAGGGUGGCAACUCCUUACCAUCCCCAAACUAGUGGGCAAGUCGAAGUCUCUAAUCGGGAGAUAAAGAGCAUCUUAGCCAAGACGGUUAAUGCAAAUAGAACUAAUGGGCAUCUAAGCUGGAUGAUGCUCUUUGGGCUUAUAGAACAGCAUUCAAGACGCCCAUUAGUACUUCUCCUUAUCGGUUGGUGUUCGGUAAAGCUUGCCAUCUACCUGUUGAACUUGAACACAAAGCUUUGUGGGCAUUAA